AUCGAACGAGAGAGUUGACGCCCGCAUCUCACGUCUUCUCUCCCUUUCUCUCGGCCCUUCUAUACCAACUCACCCCAAUUCCUCCUUAGAACCCUAGAAUCGCCAUUGCUGCCGCGGGAUCCCUGCUGGGGUCUCACAGGGCCGGAGGUUGGAUCUUUAGAUCUCGAUUGCACCGGCGCUGCCCCCCUCUGCCGUGGGCUGUGGUGCAGUAAGCCGCCUCGCCGGGGCACGAUGCAGAGCGCGACGCAGCUGACUCUGCUGCUGUGCGCGGCGUGGGCGGCCGCGCUGCUCUACGGCGAGAUGGGCACCUACUGGGCCGCCCACCUCUCCUGCUCUUGGCCAUCCGCAUCCUCUUCCUCCCCAUCGCCGAGUAACCAUGUCAAGGUUGCCGUCAUUGCUGAUCCACAGCUUAUGGACAGCACCUCCCUUAGUCUACCACGAGGGUCACUUGCGCUGCAAGCUGCAGAGUUCUUCACAGAUUUGAACAUGAGAAGAUCCUUCCAGUCUGUGGUAUUGCCAUUCAAGCCUGAUGUCGUCUUAUUUCUCGGUGACUAUUUUGAUGGGGGCGCAUAUAUUUCGGAUGAAGAGUGGCAGGAUUCUCUAUUUCGAUUUAAGCAUAUAUUCAGCAUGAGCGAACAAAGAACAAAUCCACACGUACCAAUCUACUAUCUCUCAGGAAAUCAUGAUAUUGGUUACUCAGCAUUUCAUUCGGUUCAUCCAAAGGUUAUCAGUCGAUAUGAAAAAGAAUUUGGACCAAGAAACUUCCAUUUUUUGUCUGGGAAGGUGGACUUUGUUGUUGUUGAUGCUCAAACUCUUGAUGGAGGAGCCAAACAGAGCAAAGAAAGAUCCUCUUCUUGGGAGUUCAUCAAAACACUAUCAGCUGGCAAUGAAUCAAAUCCAAAAAUUCUACUAACGCACAUUCCCCUGUACCGACCUGACAAUACUCCGUGUGGCCCACAUCGUUCUUCACCUGCUAUAAAUCAGAGGAUAUAUAGUGCUGCUAUGGACCAAGGAAUCAAGUAUCAGAAUUAUCUAAGCAAACAGACUUCUGAUCUUUUGCUAGGGUUGCUGAAGCCGAUUCUUGUGCUCUCAGGGCAUGACCACGACCAGUGCACAGUUGCCCACUCCACUCCUUUUGGGCCAGUAACAGAGCACACCCUUGGGACAAUAAGCUGGCAGCAGGGAAAUCUCUAUCCAUCUUUUAUGCUGCUAUCUGCUGGGCCCCGAAAUUCAACUGAUUCUAGUCAGGAGGUUCUGACGAAUCUUUGCUUCCUGCCUAAACAAACUCAUAUUUAUAUCUGGUAUAUCUUUCAGUUUGUGGUUACCGUCCUUCUGUUGAUGUUUUGGCCAACAAAUGGUCUAAGCUCUCUUCCUUACGUGAAUGCAUUUGUGAGCUUCAUGAGGUCGGCCGGUGCUGACAUGUUUCCAAGAAGCAAAGAAAAAGAUGAUGCGGAAGAUGGCGACUAUGAAAUGGUUUGGGAUGCAGAGGGAUCCAUGCACCUGGUUAAAAAGGCAGCCACAAGCCCCCCCACCGCUAACUCAGACUCCAGAACCACAGGACGAGGAAAUGUUGUGGCAAGGCCAACUGCAAGAAAGCACCAACCGGAACCUGAUUCAUCUGUUCACGUUGAGAUGGGAUCUGAAACAGCGCCAGAAGAUGGAGGGAAGGCGCCUCGCCCGAGCAAAUGGAAAAUAAGGACGGCCCUCCAGAGGCUGUUCCGUGUCGUUCAGUCGGUUGCCGUUAUUGCCGUGCUGAAUGUUCCUCUAUACAUGAUGCUUCUGUUCAAGGAUUGGGUCGACCGUUGAGUAGCUUCUCAUAGCCUUAGCCCCCUUGCUGCGAUUUACUCGUAGACUAUUAUACGCUGGAUCUGCUCUUGCAAAGCCUAUAUGAAGCGCCAAAAUGUGCAUCGAAUAAUUGAUCACUGCCA